AUGAAUGCGUCCUCAUCGCCGUUCCGUACCCUGCACGAGCACUAUGUCCUACUGGCUGAUCCGCGUACACGGGCGUGGUUCUUUAUGGGCAGUCCGCUACCCGUGAUGGCGUUCAUCUGCUUCUAUCUGCUUUUUGCCACGCGUCUUGGGCCCUGGAUCAUGAGGGAUCGUAAGCCUUUUGAAGUGCGCAACUUGGUUGUCUCUUACAAUGUCGUCAUGGUAGGACUCAGCGCCUACUUCAUCUACUUCAGUCUCUCGUACGCCUCCAUGCGAAAGCCCGGGCAAAGCAUCUUCUGCUGGGCCACGGACUCUCGGCCGACGGAGGACAACAUGUUCUUCUUGACUCGCGCCUGGUACUACAUGCUCAUGAAGGCCGGCGAGAUGGUGGACACGCUAUUUUUCGUGCUGCGCAAGAAGACGACCCACCUGAGCUUCCUGCAUCUCCUGCACCAUUCCCUCGCGCUGUGGUCAGUGUGGCUGGUGCUGACGCUGGGCAUGACGGGCCACGUGUUCUCGUUCCCGCUCCUCAACUCUGCUGUGCACGUUGUGAUGUACGGUUACUACGCUCUCGCCGCGCUUGGACCAGCGCUGCGACCGAACCUCUGGUGGAAGAAGUAUGUCACCCUGUUCCAGAUUUUUCAGUUCGUGGUUCUCUCCCUGCACGCACUAAUACCCGUGCUUCUGGACUGCGGCAUAUCCAGGAUACUUGCCCUGACCGGUGCACUAGAAGGACUACUUUUCGCGUCUCUCUUUUCGGACUUUUAUAUUAACGCAUAUGUUCGCAAGAGUGCAUUGAAAUGAUGUUUAUACCUUAUAGUGCUUCAAUGACACCGGCAUUUCCAAUAAUGUUCUUUACCUGACCAUUUGAAAACAUAUUGAUACAAUACUGGCAGAAAUUUAGGGGCUAAAAAAAGCGCGCUUCAGUUUAGGACCCGUAUUCACGAAAAUGGUUUACGUAAGAAUUGUUCGUAACAGUGAAUUUCAGUCAAACCUGAUGCGGCUUAUGUCACUAACGAAGGCGACCAUCAAUGGCACAGAACACUUACGAACGAAAUGCUUUAUGAAUUCGGCCUCAGAAGUGCACGUAGGUACGGGGUACUUUCUUAUGAGAGUGUAAUGUUUUCCAAUGUCAAUGCGGAACGCUUUCACACUGAAUAAUCGUGCACAAUGACUACUAAGAUACGUUAGGAUUCGCCAUUCGAAUACUCCUUGUGAUCUCUUGUUCGUUUAUUUAAGAACGGUCUUUUUUUUGUGAGUGCCCGAGCGUCGACUGUGUAUUCCUGCGAAUCAAUGUCCCAUUCGGUUUAGCUGAACUGAGUUCAAAAGAGGAGGUAUCAACACGAACACGAGACUACAUGUACGAACACGAGACUACGUGCGACUUCCAAUGACGCACUUUUGAAUGAACGACCGUGUCCUCUUGUGAGCACCAUUUCUUGAGUCAUAUACCCCUAUUUGCACACAAUAUUAAGAUGUCUGGUCCGAUCGCCAAGUUAGCGACUGAAGUUGGUCUCAUCCUUUUGCCUCAACAUGUCACAACAACGCAUGCCUCAACAGAUGUCAAUGGCUUACCCUCGCAACAAAUCGUAAAAGUAACCGCGCCUAGUCGUACGUCUGAUAUAACAGUGUAUUUAUUUUAUAUAUAUGAGCAUCUAAUUUGGUCCUGUAGGUCCUCCACACUAUAGGAUGGCUCUAGUAACCAUGGUAGUGACGCUUGUGGCCAUAAACAUUCAUGUCCUGUAUUUUGUUGACGCUAGUAAAUACUUUAUGACGCUGUAUUGCAAAACAAUUACGGUUUUACUUAGGUAUUGUACUGUAGCUAGAGUGGACGUGUUGUACUCACUUCAUCUGUUUCCGAAGACAGGUGGCCAUAUAAAAAAGGGGAUUUUUCAGCAGUGAACUUACCUUGUCCUAUGACAGUGAAGCGCACUCCGGACUUUCGCGUGCCAGCCACUAUUUUAGUUGCUCAAUAUCGUGCAUUACUGUAGUUCCAUGCAUUAAUAGCGAUUGAACCUCUUAAAAUUUUGUAAGGUUUAUAUACUGCAAAGCAGAACCCUGCGUUUGCGCACCUACGAGCCGAAGCAGUUGCGUGAAUAUUAUCCUUAGCAUGCAAGAUUACUAAAUCAAAACAGAAUUUCGGGCAUAAUACGGCGUAGAAACGACAAUUAAUGAACAAAUUCUGCCAGGCACUACUUCAUUUGACCGGGACGUGAUACGAAGCAUUGUUGUUUGAUUAGAAGGGUUCUGGCGGAAUAUUGUUGAUUUUCUGGCACGAAACGGUGAACGCAGUUGUAACAUAUGUGUGUGAACUGGUGGUGUGUGUAGCGGCAAUCACACAUUGGUUGUUGUUGAUGAAAUGUUUUAUUAGAUUGAUGGUGUUAGAGAUGUUUAUGUACUUUCGGUUACAUUAUGGCAUAUGUUCAAUACUUUGACUAUAAAUUAUUAAAUUUCCAUUCGU